GAGAAAUACAUUUCGAAAAUUAUUCAUCAUGUCUAAAAUAUCAUCGGUAGAAACCUACGUCACGCGAAUUAAGCCGGCCAUUGAGAAUUUUAUAAAGGAGCCAAAUAUAGCAAACAUGUCAAUAGUUGAGAAAGAAAUAAGUGAAUUUGACUUUGGACAAAUACGCAUAUUUCAAAUACAAAUUGUAGUACCACUCAUGGUUAAGCUGGAUGCUUUAACAGGUGAAAGUCAAGAGCUGCGCGUAAGUUUGGUGAACUGCCUCCGACACAUUAUUUCCUAUCUGUAUUUGACGGAUGAGAAGGCUGUAUGCUCUCUGCUGGUGGUGGUACUGAAACAGAUACGAAACGCUAGUGGUGCUGCGUUGAUGCCCAAUCUCACAGAGGAAAUCAAAUUGGCGGUUGUCCUUUUCAUCAAAGUCAUCUUACAACGAACCGCAAGCGAUGUGCUCGAAAAUUUUUAUAGCCAGAACACAGUGGUGACUAUUGGCCAAAUACUGCUCACAUUGAUGGAGAUCAUCUCCAAGGAGAAGUAUCGCAAAUUGGUUAAUUCAUCGCUGGAGUGCUUGUUGGUGCUAUUCUACGUGCACGAUGAUGCCGAUGCUGGGGAUGUGGUAUUGCGCAAACAAAUAGCCGACACCAUAUUCAUCUUCCUUCCCAAAAUAGUUACAGUGCUGUACGAAACUGCAAUGGCAGAUGAUAAAAUAGGCGAAACAACUAAAAUAUUGGCCCUUAAGGCACUAGGCCGUAUCACCUGCAUCAUGUUUGAGGAAACCUCUAAUGAAUUUCUAAGGGCACGUUACGAUGUGAAUGCAUUCAAAUCGCUUUUUAGCACGCCUCCCAAAGGCGACAACACGGAUCUACUAAAUGAUAUUAACAUCUUUGGCAGCAAGCGCCGUACGCUUGAGGAAAACGAGGAGCGCUUAAAGUUUCUUCAGUCGAAUUUACGAUCUGCACAGUGGAUGGAAGUCACAUCGAGACGAAUGAGCGGCAUAUUUGUGGACACGUGCAUCUUGCGAGCCCAUAGCUCUGCAAUUGUGCGGCGGCAGUACGCGGAGAUGUGUUGCUUACUGCUAAAGAGGUGCGCGCACAGUUUGAAGUGCAAUUUUAUUUACCUGUUGGAGAGCGUGGUGGCUCUAUCGCAGGAUGAGGACAACGACAUAGCGAAUAUGUGUCAGGCGAAUCUAGCUGAACUGCAAACAAUGAACAGCUGUGCCCCCAUCUUCGACGAGAAUGCUGAGCAGCUGCUGGACAGUCAUCUCAACAAAUGGCCACGCAUCUUACAGCGUUGCGAUGACAGCGAGCAAUUCGCCGAACUGCUUUUCUUCAAGGGCUUCUUGCGUAAUAUCAGCGCUAAUAAGUUACAAGUGCUGUUCCUGUUGCCCAAGAAUCUGGAUCUGUUUGUCAUGUGUUUGCUGACGGCCUUUGAUCAGCGCACAUCGGCGACUUUGCUAAAUGAGGAAUACGCAUUGCGACGCAUUCAGGAGGACACUACAAGGGAAGUGAAGACACAGUGUGCCAAAAUGCAUUGGCGCCAAUUCAAAUACCUUAGUUCCUCACGCUGCAUAAAUACGCUUUAUGACAUUGCCGCAAUAUUGGGCACUGAGCCUUCAAUAAAUCGUCUGGUGUUUGAUGUUUGCCACGAGCUGAUCGAGCGACGCAACUCUGCGAUGAAUGAAUCAAUUUUACUAAUGACCACGAUGAUUACGUCCCAGCAGCGGAUUGGUCGGGAGAGUCGCCUAACUCUAGCGGAACUUUUCGUCGAUCAACUUCUGGCCGAAGAACAUUGGCACUUGGCAUUGCAGCCGGAUGCUGCCUGGCGACUUAAGGUCGAAAAGUCCUCCGCCUGGUUUAAAGAUUACACACCUGGUCUAUACUCAUCGGCGCUGGAAGUGCGCACUCAGGAUUGCGACUCAGAUGAUGAGAGCGACCCAGUCUAUAGUCGUGUCACCAGUUUGGAUGCACAGUUCAACGUACAACAUAUCUGUUUAGUCUUGGAUGCCCUGGGACAUUGUGCCCUGUUCAUUGGUGAUACUUUUGACCGCCAUAUAUUUCGCAGUUUGCACAAGGUGUUGCUAAAGUUGGCUAGCAGCAACACAAUGGUGCAUCAGGCAGCUACAUUUGCAUUCGUCUCCAUGCAGGUGGCCUUAAAGUAUGCAGCCCCUUCACAUUUCAUCGAAUGCUCCACUGAUUAUCUAACCUUUCAUCUCAAUUCACUACUGAAGAAGUCACCGGAGAGCAGUGCAGCCGUAGAUAUACUCACUGUCGUUUUGCAGUACAGCACGCGUGGAAAUGUUCCACAUCUGGAGAGCAUUUUCCAAACGAUAUGUGAAGAGUGCACCAAGUCACAUCAAACGGGCAAUGUGCACUCCUACUUGCGCGUCUUCAAUGCAUUCCUGAGACACGUGGUCAGCUGGCAAGACACCAUUGCGACUGAGAUCUCUGACACUCCAAUGCACGUAGAUGAAGAUAACAAUAUCUUAAAUACUUGGUUGAAUGUGCUCAAUAAGCAGCCAACUGACAUUCCUAUUGACUUGAAUAGUGUGCCAAGUGGAGAAGCAGACAUAAAUAUGCCUGAAGCAGACCUCGAUGAUUCUCCAGCGGAAGAGCCUUCGAAGCCCAGUUUGCCGCGUCACAUUGAACUCAUCAAAGAGAUUAUUAGUCAGUCCAUCAAGUUUCUUUCAAAUUCAGAGCAAACACAGCAAAUUCUCGCAUUGGAAUGCCUGAUAAGUGGUGUCCCUCUGCUGAGGGACUACGAGGACGAGCUUCUUCCCCUUGUGCAUCUGUUAUGGGCACCGUUAGUCGAAAAGUUUCGGCAAAAGGAUCCGGUGGUGCUAAACCGGUGCUUUAGCUUAUUACACAUUCUCGCCCUGCAUACUAAAGAAUUUAUUGUAAAGCGUAGUCUCAGCGAUGUGAUACCACAACUUAAGCAGUUCUUGCAGACAGCCAGUAAUCACAGCUGUACGGAAAUCUUAAAAGCGUCUACCCAGGAAUACAAGCUGCAGCUUAAGCUGCUUCAGGAUCUGCCGGCAGUCAUUCGCAGCCUGCAGAUUGAGGGCAAGCAUCUGCACGACCUGCUAAACACUGUGGCCUCGUACUUAUCCCAAGCACAACCAAAGGAGUUGCAAGAACUGGCCGUGCAGCUCUAUGAAGAUUUAUCUACCUACAACGGACCAUUUGUGUAUGUAACGCUCCUGCACCGAGCGCAUCUCAAAGACUAUAAAGUCAAUGUGAAUAAAAUUUUCCACAGCUUAGGGUUUACAUUAGCUACGCCAACAGAAAUCGACGGGCUCAAAUAAAGUUACAAUUUGAUUCCAACUUAA